AUAGCUUGGUGCCCUGUCUUGAGUGUGCUCCUGGUCACAGUUUUGCGAUUUUCUUCUGGGGACAGUGCGGACUGAUUCUGCAGGACCAUUUGUGGUAGAUAUGAAGGAGGUGGUGUGGCUGCUACCAUCGCCAGGGGUGGAUGGCGGUGGUGCCAUUGAGAAGCAGCAGCAGCAGCAACUGGUGCAUUGCCAGGAGUGCAGCUUCCUCAGAUUGGGACCUGUGACCUGCUGUUCCAACAGCUGCUCCACCUGCUGCUUGCAUGGUGCCAAGUGGAACGUGUGCAGCAAAGUGUUGGUGUCGCCGCUGGUCUUCUCGCUGAACGCGCAGCAGGUGACAACUGCUGUGCCCUUAGUUCAGGGAGCGGAGCCCGGCUUCCACGACGGUACACCGCUACAACAGCUGGCCAUACAUGACGACACCUGCGAGCAUCACCUGCUGCACUGCCUCGUUCAGCCAGACACGUGUUCAUGGCACGGCGAGCGUGCCGACCUGGAGGCGCACACCCAGGCCAAACACCCACAACACUUCGUGCGCUUCCCCAGCACCGUGGGCAACAGUGUCUCGUGGCGCAUCUCUAAGAAUGGCUGCUGCAUCGACCUGGUGCGCCACCUUGUUGUGGCCUUGGGUGAGAUGUUCGUCUACCAAAAGCAGUUCAGUUACCAGGAGCGUCAGCUGUUCAUUGCCAUUCAGCUGGUGGGCCCUCCUGAACGUAGCAGGCUCUACCGGUACAAGUUCAGGCUCACCCGCAAUGAGGGUGCCCACUCUGUGACUUUCGAGCAUGCUGUCCAUUCACAGAAUGAGAACCUGCAGCGAACAUUCGGCCUCGGUGACUGCAUCAAAGUGCCCUAUGAUACUAUCUCUCAGUUCUGCCAUGGCGAGAGGGUGCUCAUACUGCAUAAGCUUGAGCCUCCAUAUGAGCUAAAUGUUGGAACCACACAUUUGUAGUCCUCUAAUUAUUGUGAUGCAUAGUUUUGAUGCUAUGGUUAUCACAGACCUACUAAUGUCUUGUUAAUACAUAGCCUGACACAAAAUCGACACCGCUUAUCACAUAUCAGUGAGAAUUUAAGGUGUAAGAAGAUUAGUGGCAGAAUCCACAACACCGACUAAAAUCUGUGCGCGUACAUGCACACAGAGAAUUAUGUCACACUUUUCUGUUAUUCAUUCAUUUGACCAAAAUGUGCCCUCUAGUCACUGGUUUAUGGUGUGUUUAUACUGAGCAAUGGGGCUCAGUAGUGAGGCAAUGGACUCAUACACACAUCUAAAAACGUUCUGCAUCACCCAAGUUACGACAGUUCCGGUACCUGUACAGAAGAUGGAAAUAGAGAUCAACAUGAAUACGAUUUUGCCCUUUUUAUUGCUCAUGAAAUCCAAGCAUUGCAUGUUGUACCACCAUACAGUGAGACUUUCGGAGUCUGUUGUAGAUAGAGACUGUUGUAGACACUGGUCCCUCCAAUACCCGAUAGCACGUCCUCUUGCAGUGAUGCAUGCCUGUAUUCGUCGUAGCAUACUAUCCACAACUUCAUCAAAGCACUGUUGGUCCAGAUUGUCCCACUACUCAACGGCGAUUCGGCGUAGAUCUUUCAUAGUGGUUGGUAGGUCACAUCGUCCAUAAACAGCCCUUUUCAAUCUAUCCCAGGCAUGUCCGAUAGGGUUCAUGUCUGGAGAUAAUGCGUUUAAGGCGUUCAGCCCGAACGGGUUGCCUCCAAACACGUCUCCGACGAUUUUAUGGCUGAAGGCACAUGCGACACUCAUCGGUGAAGAGAACGUGAUGACAUUCUUGAGCGGUCCAUUCGGUAUGUUGUUGGAUCCAUCUGUACCGCGCUGCAUGGUGUCGUUGUUGCAAAGAUGGACCUCGUCAUGAACGUCGAAAGUGAAGUUUCGCAUCAUGCAGCCUACUGCGCACAGCUUGAGUCGUAACACGACGUCCUGUGGCUGCACGAAUAGCAUUUUACAACAAGGUGGCGUUGCUGUCAAGGUUCCUCCGAGCCAUAAUCCGUAGGUAGCGGUCAUCCACCGCCUGAGCGAGGCAUGUCAUCGAAAGUUUCUGUCUCUCUGUAUCUCCUUCAUUUCUGAACAACAUAGCUUUGGUUCACGCCGAGACGCCUGGACACUUCCAUUGUCGAGAGCUCUUCAUGCCACAAAGUAACAAUGCCGAAGCGAUCGCACCGUGCUAUAGACCGUCGAGGCAUGGAUGAAAUACAGACAAAUCUAGCCGUGUACCUCCUUCCCGGUGGAAUAACUGGAACUGAUCGGCUAUCGGACCUCCACCGUCUAAUAGGCGCUGCUCAUGCAAUGUUGUUUACAUCUUUGGGCGGGUUUAGUGACAUCUCUGAACAGUCAAAGGGACUGUGUCUGUGAUACAAUAUCCACAGUCAUCGUCUGGGAACUGGUGUGAUGUAAAACUUUCUUUGAUGUUUGUAAUUAGGAUGGUGUUUCAGAUCCCUAUCUGGCCAUCCAUAUAUAGAUUUUCUGUGUUUUCAUUGCCCUUCCAUCACCGACUUGGGCUUCAUCACUAACGAGCUCUUCGUCAAUGGGAGAUUAAACCUUAAUAUCUUCUUACCUAGCGUUUUUGUUAUAUAUAAGUGAUCAUUGUGAUUUUUCUGUGGUGAAAUGAUCUUCAACAGAACAAAAACUACUUAGAAGCUUUGAAUGUAUCCAUAAUUAGUAGGUUUGUAACUGUUUAGGUACCUCUAUCCUUCCACUGUUAUGCAGAUGAUGGAAAUGGAGUAAAUGUACAGACAGAUAUACAGUAAGUGAAGGCUAAUGUUAAUAAAAUACCGAGAGACUCACAGUAAUUCAGAGGUCAAGGAAUAUCAAAUUAAAGCAUGUAUGGUGGUGAAGAUUUUUUUAAUGGAUUGACAUUAUUUACCUUUGUGACAGAUAUGACUGUUGUGUCAUCAGCAUUCGUUCACCAAACACAUAUUUUUAAGAAAGAAAGAACAUUAUCUGGGUUAUAGAAGGAAAUUGUUCUCACAACUGUAACUGUCACACUCAAGAGACACCAUGAGAGCUGACAGAAACUCAUCCUUCACAUCCUUGCAGUUAACUUUCAGGACAGUAGAAAGAAAGUAGAAUGAACAGGUGACAAAAAAAAGUUACUACAGACAAAAAAUAUGUGGUACUUUCAUCAUGCACAGUAUAAGCUUGCAAAGUUUCUUCAUCCUGUGAUCAAGGCCUCAUUAGAAAUUUUGAAUACACAACAUUUUUACAGCAGUAAAUGCUUUAAUUUCUUCUCCAAGUAGUUCCCCAUUUUCAUAGACAGCCUAGGUGGACCCAGCUCUGGUUUGUUCCUUAGUUUUACAAUCACACGCUGGUGGUUUGCAUGAGCGUCUGCUAAGGCACAAAGA